UCUCUUGCCAAACAGAAGGACAGCUGGGAAAACUGGAUUAAAAGGAUGGGUUUUAUCUGUAUUUUGCAGUGAAGACUGAUACUUUGAAGGCACAUUCUUUCUGUGAUUCAUUUUUUUUAGCCCAUCGCGCUAACCUUGAAGUGAUUUGUGGUUGGGUUUUUGGUUUCUAAGAAGGUCGUAGUUUUUCCUCUUUUUCUUUCUUUUUUUUUUCCUAAGAGGAGGGAAGGAAAAGGGGGCUAAGAAAAGAGACCAUGUUAACUGGUAGAAGUAGAAUGGAGCUUCAGUUACCAGGAUCCUGAGAGCUGGAGGAAAACCAGUUCACUCUUCAAAUUGGAAGACCCUCUCACCUUUCUUAAAAAUUGCAAACAAUUCAGUUCUGAUCAAGACAUCAAAACUACAGGAUUCUGGAACCUCGGAGACACUGAGAAACCAUGAAUGUAAGGUUACCCCAGAGUAUAGACAGCCCCAUUGCAGCCUGGUUGAGCAGCCUGUCCUUGGGAGAUUCGGCGCCCGAUCGCAAGUCCCCUUCCCACCACCGCCAACUCUCUGACACCUCUGAGACAGCAGGUCUUGUUCAGCGCUGUGUCAUCAUCCAAAAGGACCAGCAUGGCUUCGGCUUCACAGUCAGCGGGGAUCGCAUCGUCCUGGUGCAGUCCGUGCGGCCUGGAGGUGCAGCCAUGAAAGCCGGUGUGAAAGAGGGUGACCGGAUCAUCAAAGUGAAUGGCACCAUGGUGACCAACAGCUCACACCUGGAGGUGGUAAAGCUUAUCAAAUCUGGUGCCUAUGUUGCACUGACCCUCCUGGGCUCUUCCCCGGCAUCUUUUGGUGUCUCUGGGCUCCAGCAGGACCCAGCCCCAGCAGGGGCCUCCCGAGUCACGCCCGUGCUCCCACCACCACCACCUCCUCCAGCUCUGCCACCGCCGCAGCGCAUCACGGGGCCCAAACCGCUGCAGGAUCCCGAAUUUCAGAAACAUGCCACCCAGAUCCUUAGGAAUAUGCUGAGGCAGGAGGAAAAGGAGCUACAGCGUGUCUGUGAGGCGUAUAGCCGGAACCCUGCCAGCCUGCUGGAAGAGCAGAUCGAAGGUGCCCGGAGGCGAGUCACUCAGUUACAGCUGAAGAUCCAGCAGGAGACUGGAGGCUUAGUGGACAUACUUCCACUCUAUGGCAACAGCAGCCAGAGAUCAUCAGAAGGCCAGCUCUCUGUGGAUUCCCAGGAGGGGGACAGCGGCUUGGACUCGGGGACAGACCGCUUUCCUUCUAUCAGCGAGUCUGUGAUCAAUCGGAACUCAGUACUCUCGGACCCUGGGUUAGACAGUCCCCGAACCUCCCCCGUGAUCGUGGCCAGGAUGGCCCAGCACCACAGGCGGCAGGGCUCCACCAGCGACCAGGGUGUAGACCAAAGCUCAAAGCCUUUGAUUAUUGGCCCAGAGGAAGAUUAUGACCCGGGUUAUUUCAACAACGAGAGCGACGUCAUAUUCCAGGACCUUGAGAAACUCAAGUCACGGCCGGCUCACCUGGGGGUUUUCCUGCGUUACCUCUUCUCUCAGGCGGACCCCGGCCCACUGCUUUUUUACCUGUGUGCAGAAGUUUAUCAGCAGACGAACCCCAAGGAGUCCCGGAGCCUGGGAAAAGACAUCUGGAACAUUUUCCUAGAGAAAAAUGCUCCCCUGAGAGUGAAGGUCCCAGAGAUGCUGCAGGCUGAAGUAGACCUGCGCCUGCGGGCGGGUGAGGAUAUCCGCGGUGUUCUCGGUGACACUCAGGAGGCGGCCCUGCCGGAGAUCCAGGAGCAGAUCCACGACUACAGAACAAAGCGCACUCUGGGGCUGGGCAGCCUGUAUGGGGAGAAUGACCUGCUGGACCUGGAUGGGGACCCCCUCCGAGAGCGCCAAGUGGCCGAGAAGCAGCUGGCUGCCCUAGGUGACAUUCUGUCCAAAUACGAAGAAGACAGAAGUGCCCCCAUGGACUUUGCCCUCAAUACCUACAUGAGCCACGCUGGGAUCCGUCUGCGAGAGGCACGGCCUUCCAACACAGCUGAGAAGGCCCCGUCUGCUCCUGACAAGGAUAAGUGGCUACCCUUCUUCCCGAAGACCAAGAAGAGCAGCAAUUCUAAGAAAGAGAAGGAUGCCUUGGAGGACAAGAAGCGAAACCCCAUCCUCAAAUACAUUGGGAAGCCCAAAAGCUCUUCCCAGAGCACAUUUCAUAUUCCCUUGUCCCCUGUGGAAGUCAAACCAGGCAAUGUGAGGAACAUCAUUCAGCACUUUGAGAACAACCAGCAGUAUGAUGCUCCGGAGCCUGGGACGCAGCGACUCUCAACAGGAAGCUUUCCCGAGGACCUGCUGGAGAGUGACAGCUCCCGCUCAGAGAUCCGCCUGGGCCGUUCCGAGAGCCUGAAGGGCCGGGAGGAGAUGAAGCGGUCUCGGAAGGUAGAGAACGUGCCCCGCUCUCGCAGUGACGUUGACAUGGACGCCGCUGCCGAGGCUGCCCGUCUCCACCAGUCAGCCUCCUCCUCUGCCUCCAGCCUCUCCACCAGGUCUCUUGAGAACCCAACCCCUCCCUUCACCCCCAAAAUGGGCCGCAGGAGCAUUGAGUCCCCCAGCUUGGGGUUCUGCGCAGAUGCCCUCCUCCCUCACCUCCUAGAGGAUGAUCUGGGCCAGCUGUCUGACCUGGAACCCGAGCCAGAUGCGCAAAACUGGCAGCAUACAGUGGGCAAGGAUGUGGUGGCUGGGCUCAGCCAGAGGGAGAUUGACCGGCAGGAGGUCAUCAACGAACUGUUUGUGACAGAAGCUUCCCACCUGCGCACACUCCGGGUCCUAGACCUGAUCUUCUACCAGCGCAUGAAGAAGGAGAACCUGAUGCCCCGGGAGGAGCUGACCCGGCUCUUCCCCAACCUGCCCGAACUCAUAGAGAUCCACCAUUCCUGGUGUGAAGCCAUGAGGAAGCUCCGGGAGGAGGGCCCCAUCAUCACAGAAAUCAGUGGCCUCAUGCUGGCGCGGUUUGAUGGCCCUGCCCGGGAGGAACUCCAGCAGGUGGCCGCUCAGUUCUGCUCCUACCAGUCCAUAGCCCUGGAGCUGAUCAAGACAAAGCAGCGCAAAGAGAGCCGAUUCCAGCUCUUCAUGCAGGAGGCUGAAAGCCACCCUCAGUGCCGGCGGCUGCAGCUCAGAGACCUCAUCAUCUCCGAGAUGCAGCGGCUCACCAAGUACCCAUUGCUGCUGGAGAACAUCAUCAAGCACACCGAGGGUGGCACCACCGAGCACGAGAAACUCUGCCGGGCCCGGGACCAGUGCCGGGAAAUUCUGAAGUACGUGAAUGAAGCCGUGAAGCAGACAGAGAACCAGCACCGUCUGGAGGGCUACCAGAAACGCCUGGAUACCACCUCCCUGGAGAGGGCCAGCAAUCCUCUGGCAGCAGAGUUCAAGAGCCUGGAUCUUACAGCGAGGAAGAUGAUCCAUGAGGGGCCCCUGACCUGGAGGAUCAGCAAGGAUAAGACCCUGGACCUGCUCGUGCUGCUACUGGAGGACCUCCUGGUGCUGCUGCAGAAACAGGACGAGAAGCUGCUGCUCAAGUGCCACAGCAAGACAGCCGCAGGCUCCUCGGACAGCAAGCAAACCUUCAGCCCCGUGCUCAAGCUCAACGCCGUGCUCGUCCGCUCCGUGGCCACAGAUAAGCGGGCCUUCUUCAUCAUCUGCACCUCCGAGCUGGGCCCACCCCAGAUCUAUGAACUGGUGGCAUUGACGUCAUCAGAUAAGAACACAUGGAUGGAGCUCUUAGAAGAGGCUGUGCGAAAGGCCACCCGGCACCCCGGAGCCACCCCAACACCUGUCCUUCCCCCGCCCCCAGGCCCCCAGGAGCCAGCCCACCAGAGCCCCACACCCAGCAGGGUAGGACUGGAUGACUCAGAAGUGUUCCAGAGUGAACCAGAACCUGGGGAGCCGCCUGGAGGCUCUGGGCCCCAGCGGAGGGGCAGAGGGGAGCCCCCAGCCCUGCUAGAGGACCCCAAGCAGGAGGGCGACAUAGAGGAAGGGGGACUGGGCACCCCACCUCACCCCUCUGCGUCCCUGGAUGGCGAGAACAGGGGCAGCAGGACAAGGGACCCCAUCAUCCUGCCCCUCCCAGGCCCCCUAUUCGUGGAAGGACUCGCCAGUGCAGCCCUAGAAGAUGUGGAGAACCUGCGGCACCUGAUCCUGUGGAGCCUGCUGCCAGGCCACCCCGUGGAACCACCCGCUGCCAGGGAGCCCGAGGACGACCUGACACCCACGCCUUCUGUCGUCAGCAUCACCUCUCACCCCUGGGAUCCAGGCUCCCCAGGGCAGGCUCCCCCUGAGCGGGGAGGGGACCACCCCCAGCUCCCAGGGCCAGAGCAGGAGGAUGUGGCUCUGAGUUCUCUGGAACACCUGCCCCCAAGGGCCAGAAAUUCUGGGAUCUGGGAGUCUCCCAAGCUGGACAGGAAUCCUGAGGAAGAGCCUCCAAGCACAGAGGCAGCAGGAAGUUACAAAGUUGUGAGAAAAGCUGAGGUGGCAGGCAGCGAGGCUGUCCCUGCACAGCCGGAGAGUGGCCAGCCAGAGCCCGAGCCGCCUGACGUGGGCGGCGGAGCAGAGGCCACGGGGAACUGUUUUUAUGUCAGCAUGCCAGCAGGAUCCCUGGACUCAAGCACUGACCCCUCGGGGGUGCCCACCAGCCCUUCCCAGCCUGACACCCUCCCUGCCUGGCAGACAGAGCCUCCGCCCCAACUUCAGGAAGGCAGCGAAGAUCAAAGGCCCCCCAGCCUCUCGCCCCCGCGGCUGGCCCUCAGGGACGUGGGCGCGAUCUUCCGCACCAUUGAGCAGCUCACCCUCAAGCUCAACAGGCUCAAGGAUGUGGAGCUGGCCCACCGAGAGCUGCUCAGGUCCCUGGGGGGAGAGUCAUCUGGCGGCACCACGCCUGUGGGCAGUUUCCACGCAGAGGCCACUACGUGGACCGACAGCUCCCGGUCACCUCCAGCUAGGGCGCCCCUGGCCUCUGACCCCAGAGACAGCCAGGAACUGGGGUUCUGCUGUGAGGAGGGCUCCAGCAUCCUCCCGGAAGACGGCAUGGCGGACGUGGCCACUGCCCCAGGACCGUAGCCGUCCAAACCACCAAGUCCUCUGUGUGCUCGCUUCUCUGGGGACUGGCCCAAGGCAGGGGCGCAGGGGAGGACUCCCCUCUGUGGGAGAGGCAGUUGAGGAGCUGGAUCCAGCCGAGACCCGGGGUGGAAAGCCCCGCAUGUUGCUGGUUGUGCUCAGAUUGGAGUCAAGUUCCGGUGUCUUUCCCCUCCCUCCCGCGCCCCCAUCCUGAGCAUGCUGACUGCACCUGAAAGGCCGCUCCUCCCACCUUCGUUCGUUCGUGUGCCUGCCUGGGGGUGUGGGCGCCCUCAGACACGCGAGGGAAAUGCACUUUCUCCCUCCCCUUCUCCACAGGCCCCGAGGCCAAGGUGGGCCGCCUCCGCCUCUCCUGUCUUUGUCACUUUGGUUUCCUAUAAAUAUGUAUGUAUUAUAUGUGCAUCUUUGGUAUUGUAAAUAACUUUGCCCUUUUUUGUUUCUGUUCCUGGGGUGCUGGAGGCAGUUUCGGAGGGACUGCUGAGGGAAGAGGAGGUUCACGUGUAUCUCCUAGUGAACAGCCCAGGCUGGGGUCAGGGCCCGAGGGUAGAGCCGGGCCUGAGUGCCUGGGCGGAAGGUCUCCCAGCGUCCAGCCCGCUGCCUGGCCUCUGGGGCUUGGUGCUGAGCUACCCCCUCCCUCCUAGGACUUGCCAUCUUCUGGGGACCUUCUUACCUCAGUGUGCCCACCCUUCCCACCCUGUCCCUGUAGAAAACCAGUGUAUCGGGUACAGAGGAAAACUGGGCGCCCGGAGGUGGGGGUAGGGAGCUGAAUGCUGGAGUCCCUGAACCGACCCAGGGCCAUGCCCAGGGCCAGCGCAGCAUCGGCCCCUGUUACCGUGUCCGCUCCGCCCCCCACUGACUAAUAGAAUAUACACACUGUGCUAGGUGUAUAUAUACAUAUAUAUAUAUAUAUAUAUAUAUAUAAUAUAUAAAAUACAGAUAUGGAAAUGACUGUUUGGCUGUUAAAAUAAUGUAUACUCUUUUAUUUUCUUCCUUUCAUGGUUAAGAUUUUUUUUUUAAGAAAAGUUAAAUAUUCUUCAACUGUG